UCUUUCCUCUGCAACUUACAGAUACAUGCUCUCGAGAUCAACUGUGGCAGUAGUACCUAGGCAGAAAGAUACCAACAGGGUCCAGCCGGGCGCGGGGCCGUGUCUUGAUUUCCCGUCCUCUGCGGGCCAAUCCCGAUCGGGCGUUUCCUGACAAAACUCGUCGCUACCUUUUACUCUUCUCUCAUUCCACCUUCUCUCCUCCUCCUGCUCCGAUACCCACAAUAACAAUCACAAUCGCCCCUCGACGACUUUCCAGGACCAGGAUCGGAGUGCCUUUGCUCUUUGUUGCUGAGAGGUACCUUAUGGCCGACCGGGGGGGAGGGGACUCGGUGUACAACUUUAAAUACAGCCCGCUAUCCGCCUACGAGUCGGGGGCCAAGAGGUCAUCAUCGAUAUCCAGACAUUCUGCUUUCUUGGCCGACAUGAUCACGCAUCGGCCUCUACUCGCGUAUCGUUCAAGUCGUUUUGCUGUUUUCGCCUAGUUCAGUCGCUGCGUAUCGUCUCUGACGCCUUGCGAAAUCGCCAUUCCCACUCUUCGUUCCAGUCGCAGCCGUUCGGGUUUGCCAACAAAAAAGCGUUGAGAAACAGCCUGGACACCCAAGAUUGGUCCUCUAAACCGAGACUCUGUGUCUUCCUGCUCGACCACCAUGGGCACCAACCCCGAAGAAAAGUCGGUCCUGCCGACGCGCCACCUUACGCCCGGCCGCCGGGACGCCACCCGGGCCGACGACAACGGCGCCGCUGCCGCUACCGGCGAAGGCUGGUGGAAGGUGAAGUUGUUCCGUGGCAUGGUCAACGACAUCCGCCGCCGGGCGCCCUUUUACAUCAGCGACUGGGUCGACGCCUGGGACUACCGCGUGGUGCCGGCCACGGUCUACAUGUAUUUUGCAAACAUCCUGCCAGCCCUGGCCUUCUCCCUCGACAUGUUCACGAGCACGGGCUCGACGUACGGCGUCAACGAGGUUCUGCUGGCCUCCGUUCUCGGCGCUGUCGUAUUUGCUCUGUUGGCGUGCCAGCCCCUGGUCAUUGUCGGCGUCACCGGCCCCAUCACCGUCUUCAAUUACACCGUGUACGACAUUAUGAAGCCGACUGGCGUCAAUUACCUUGCUUUUAUGUGCUGGAUCGGGCUAUGGUCCCUGGUGUUCCACUGGAUCCUUGCCAUCACCAACUCGUGCAACUGGCUACGCUACGUGACGCGCUUUCCCUGCGACAUCUUUGGCUUCUAUGUCGCCUUCAUCUACCUCCAGAAGGGUAUCCAGGUGCUUGACAGGCUGGGCGACGCCGAGCCCUUUUACCUCUCCAUCGUCGCCUCGCUCCUUGUCUUCAUGGUCGCCUACGCCUGCGCCGGGAUUGGCGGCAGCGGUCUGUUCCACCACCACGUGCGUGUCUUUCUCAAGGACUACGGCACGCCUCUCACCCUCAUUUUCUUCACUGGCUUCGUCCACAUCGGAAGGAUGCAGCCUGUUCAUCUGGAGGUGCUGCCGACGGGCAUCGCCUUCAUGCCGACGGCUGACAGGAGCUGGCUCGUCGACUUUUGGAACAUCAGUGUUGGAGACGUCUUCCUGGCCAUCCCGUUCGCCAUCCUGUUGACCAUUCUGUUUUGGUUCGAUCACAACGUCUCUUCUCUCAUCUCACAGGGGACCGAGUUCCCCCUCAAGAAGCCCGCCGGGUUCCACUGGGACUUAUUCCUGCUCGGCCUGACGACGGGCGUCGCCGGAAUCCUAGGCCUGCCGUUUCCGAACGGCCUCAUCCCCCAGGCGCCGUUCCACACCGAGUCCUUGACGGUUAGAAAGUCGCAGGCCGAAAUGGACGACAAGGGCGAGUUCAAGGGCAGCUAUGUCAUCAAGGCUUCCCACGUCGUCGAGCAACGCGUCUCGAACCUGGCCCAAGGCCUCCUCACGCUGGGCACGAUGACGGGCCCGCUGCUCGUCGUCCUCCACCUGAUCCCGCACGGCGUGCUGGCGGGGCUCUUCUUCGUCAUGGGUGUCCAGGCGCUCGAGGGCAACGGCAUCACGCUCAAAAUUCUGUUCCUCCUGCGCGACAAGAGGCUGACGCCGCCAGGGCACCCACUGAGGCAGAUCCAACGGCGGCGCGCCAUCUGGGAGUUCGUCGCCAUCGAGCUCGUCGGGUUCGGCGCAACCUUCGCCAUCACCCAGACGGUUGCGGCGGUCGGAUUCCCGGUGUUCAUCAUGCUCCUCAUCCCCAUUCGUGCCUCACUGCUGCCGCGGUGGUUCUCGGCCGACGAGCUGAACGCGCUCGACGAGCCCACGGCGUCGCCUUUCACCAUGGAAGGCAUCGGUGGGGCGUACGGCAACGCGGACACGGGCAACGACUCGGAUGGGACGCGGGUGUCUGGAGAUAGCGAUGGCAAUGGCGAGGGCAGGCCGGGACCGGGAAACAGUGACGGUGUCUUUGCACCGGCGGCCUCGCCGGGCAGGAGCCGAGAAGACGUGGCGGAGCUCGGGCAAUCCCAGAGCGUGGAGAGCGCGAACCCCACCACGAGAAGAGGUAGACACGCCGCCACGGCGAACUAAUUUUGGAGACACAGGGGAUCAUAUGAGUAUGAUUGACAUAUAAGGAGGUGGGUAGAUGGGGUACGUGAUGCGUAAAUAGGACAUGUUGGAAGAAUACCCAACGACUCGAGAGCAGCUCGUGUGUCUAGAAUCAAUCCUCGGGACAAAGACAAAAAGUAGAGAAACCUGGCUGGCCAGUGGAGCGAU